GGCUUCUGAGUGUCACCCUUCAGACUGAUGGUUGACAGCACUUUGUCUACAUCUCAUGCAGAAGUCUUUGUCCUCAAUGGAUGGAGGAGAUGUUCCUACGAGUUUGUGUGCUGGUGGUCAGCCUGUUGUACAUAAAAGACCACACUGUUUUGGAGGGGCAGGAUGAAGACGUCAUCAUGGUCAUGCAAGAGCGGGAGGAUCUGCUUCAAAAGGAGGCAACAAAACUAGAGCAGGAAGUGCACUCGCUAGCCACAGACCUGCAACAUUCAAAUCAGGAAGUGUUGCAGGGUGAAGAGUCAGAUGUUCAACAAAUGGUACCAAAUGGCAUAGAAGAAAAGUCAAGAAAGGAUCAGAAUAUUCUGCACCACAAUCUGUUAAUAAAGGACAAACAGAAUGAAUUGCAGAAUGAUAAAAUGAUUUCUGUUUUACCAGACAACGUGUCUCAAAAAGAUCCAAACGCAGAUAACAAAGUCUUGGUGCUUAAUGAGACUUUGUCUUCAGAAGAAGGGACACAAACAGAAAUUGUAAGAACUGGCCAAAAUAAAAGUAAAAACAUUCAGUCAAAGGACAGUAAAGUACUUGGUCAAGAAGACGUGCCAGCUCCAACAGACGUUCAAAAGCCCUUCACAUCAGAUUCGGUUGCAGUAAUCGACAAACGGAUCCCAUCCCAGGAAAAAGAGAAAGGCUUAAAGGAUGGUGGAGAUUUACAAACGCAGGCUAAGGCAAAUACAGCCUUGAAUUCUGAAGAAUUACCAGGCACUGAGCAAAUCUCAAACCAAAAGUCAGAGGACACGUACACCUGGUAUUUUUGGAAAGUUCUCUCUUUGCUGUCAGUGAUCAGGCUCCUCAGAAAAUGCCUAAGCAGCAAUUCAAAAAUGUUAGGAAUGAUGACUUCAAUUAUAAAAGGCAAGACUGUCUCUGUACCUCUUGCUACAAAAAUAUCUUUACCUGACAGCAAAGUUAUGACUAGCUUUUAUGACCAAUGUGUACAAAUUCCUCCAAACAUGUCUGGACAAGUCUGUGAAUUUGUGGAGGGGUUUGUUGAUGAACUUCUAGAAGCUGCAAGAGAGUCCAGCAGUGAAGAAGUAAACAUGCAGAUUGGAGACUUUAUUGGAGUAGGAAGCAUAUAUGAGACUUGGGCUACAGGCAAGAGCAUGGUCUGCGAUUUGUAUGUACCCAUCACUGCACCAACGCCUUAUGGCUUUGAAGUAGAAUUUUUGAAAGGACAUAAGGAUUUUGGACAGAUUAAAAUGGUGAAGACUGAAAAUAUUUCAAAUGGUUGUCCUUGCAUGGAUGGGAACCUAGAUGAAGAUGAUACAUUGUGUCUUCUUCAUCCUCAUAAUGAGGUUAGCAAAGUAAUUAAGGAUGCCAUUGGUGGAAUGCUUUGCCAGGCAAACACACCAUAUCUUGCUAAAAGGCAAGUUGUCAGAUGGUUUAGGACACUUAUUAAAAAUGCUUGGACGAAAAUUAGUCACAAGUAUGAGUUUGAGCUAGCUUUUCGCAACCAGGUUGCUCCUGGAGCUUUAAGAGUUCGAUUCAGGUCAGGAUGGGUUAUUCUGUUUAAUAUCACCCCAGUGGUCCAAGUUGAAGAGUCAAAGGUGUAUUUAGUCUCUCAUCUUUGCAACCUACAAGACAUCUCAGACACUGACUGGCCUGUUUCUUUUACUAGUUAUGAGAAGGCCUUACUUCAGUACUUCAGUAAUAUUCUUCCAUCAAAUUCAUGCCAUAUUCAGUGUCUUCAGAUCCUUUCAUUUCUACAUAAAAAACAAAAUGAUCUUACUGGAAAGUGUAGCCUUACAAGUUACCAUUUAAAGUCCACAUUGCUUAAUUUGCUUUUGACACAUAAGCCAAUGCAGUGGGAAAGUGAUAAGAUAGCUGACAGACUGAAGGACAUGCUAACAUUUCUUGAACAGAGGCUUCAAGAGGGAACUUUCUACCAUGCUUUACUUGGGAACUCUCAUGUUCCAGGUGACAUUAAACUUCCUAAAGACUUUCAAACAGCAAAGCCUACAAACAUUUUUCUGCCACUGGCAUCUGAUAGAGAUCCAGUUCAGCAUUUACAGGAACUGAUACAAAAUGCACCAGUGCUUAUACAGGAGUAUGUUUCGAUGGCAAAAUAAGAGAAGGAUUCCCCUUAUUUGUGUUAGUCUUAAUAAGGUUGCAUGCUUAGAGGACCACAGGAAGACAUAAAGCAGUGUUACAUUGCACUCCAAGAUUGAUGUACUGUACAUGGAUUAAUUAUUGUAAUCAUAUCAACAAUGAUGGGAAAGUAUACAAUCAAAUGU